AUGGCAUGCCAUCUUGAUCACUUAAAAGCCAAAGAUGCGAAAGAAGAAGUACAAUUAGAGUUGGAAGAUUUUUGCGAUGAAGAAGUACAAAAGUAUUUUCAGCCUUGUGCUGUCGACCCAGGCAGAGAUCAUAUAUUUACAGCGACAGUACGCCAUGAAGAAGAUUAA